AUGGAGAAAAAGACUCUUUCACAUUCAGUUAUGUGGGAUACAAAAAGCACACCUUCAGUGGUGGAAAUUGUCACCAUGGGACUCGGCAAGCCUCGUGCCGGGUCGAUAUUUCCACCACCUCAUGUGUACUGUGUUAUUGUUAACCUGUUGCUGUAUAUGUGUUUGCAGAUAGACGUUGCGCUGAAGACGUUUCUCCCCGAGUCUGUAGAGAACCCUGAAGAGUUCUUCAAGGAAGCGGUGAUCAUGCAAGAACUGGACCACCCGUGUAUCACCAAACUGAUCGGCGUUUGUCACGAUGAAAAACUCAUGCUGGUGGUGGAGUACAUAGCGAUGGGCUCGAUGAGGGAAUAUCUACUCAACUACCCGAAUGACAUCUCGGAGAACGACCUCUACCUGUGGGCCACUCAGAUCGCCAGUGGAAUGGACUACCUCAUGGAGAAACGCCUUGUUCACCGUGACCUGGCCGCAAGGAACAUACUGCUCAAGUCAAAACAGCAGGUGAAAAUUAGUGACUUUGGUUUAUCACGAGCUCUUGGAGUUGAUAGUGAUUACUACAAAGCAACCCAUGGAGGUCGAUGGCCCAUUAGGUGGUACGCACCAGAAUGUGUUUUCUACGGAAAAUUCUCCCAUGCUAGCGAUGUCUGGAGUUACGGAGUCACUCUGUGGGAAAUGUUUUCUCGCGGCGAUUUUCCAUUUGACGGUUUUGCGAAUGCAGAUCAAAUACUCAAGUUCGUUGAAAGUGGCAAGCGUUUGUCGAAGCCGAAGAAGUGUCCUGACCAGGUGUAUGAGAAGAUGUUGGAAUGCUGGUCAUGUACACCUGAAUGUCGACCAACAUUCAAGGAUUUGAAUGCCUUUUUUAAUGAUCUAGUUCAUGUAUAAAUACACUCUCUCAUUUGUGUCAAAAACAGAAAGAUCAUCACUGUAAAGUCCAUACCCAUACCCAUAGCUAGAAUACAGAUAUUCUUUAGACCUUUAGGUAUAUGUACCAGAGUGAGCAGGGCUUGUGGUUUCCCACACUUCCCCCUCCACCCAAAUGCUGAGCCAUAAGAUUAUAUUUUUUCUUGUAAUAUUAAAACCACCAAAAAAAACAAACCUCCCCAGUAACCUUUCAGCCAAACAUUCACUUUAAGGCAACACACCACCAUUCGCCGUGUCGUUACUUGCUGUAGCAGCUUAAUAUAGUUCGGUUUAAGAAAUAGUUCCUCAUAAAAGACAAUUCUGAUAUGCUUUUUGAAAUCUUUCUUUGAUGAUUACACGUAGGAUGACCUCUAUAGUAUUUAAAUAACUUGUUAUAUGCAGUACUAACUGAUAACGACUGUGGAAGUGGUACGAUGCCACUUGUAUAACAGCAACAGCGGUCGGGCAUAGGGGACAUUAAUUGAAAAAUAUCGUGGUCGACCUAUCUGGAUUUGUUUUACACAGUACAUGUCAGUUUAGAGGACUCCCUGAAAUUAGUAGUCACAUGAUCCUCUAGACAGUGUUAUAUUUUUCACAGAAUUUAUUCUAACAUAUAAAUUGUAUUGAACUGCAUGGAGUAUUUAAUGGUGGUGUGUAACCUUAAGCAUGGUUAUGAAAAUGUGUUACAUUUAACAGUAUGUCAAGUGUUCUUGUGAAUUUUCCAAUUGUACUGAAUGAAUGUUUUAAAUAUGCUAAUUUUGUAUUACAUUUUAACAUUUUACUAAAAUAAAUUGAAUAUUUGGACAAA